AUGUUUCGCUCAUUUUUCGUCUGCACAUUACUACUCCUUGUUCUUUCACCCAGCUAUCUCCUUCUUUCAAUUUCAACUUCGAAUGGAACUCUAGCCUGCGACGAUCCUACAGCAUUAGCUUGGUACACUUCAAGCGUUGGAGAAACACCAUGCAUGACCUACCAACGUUUGCGCCGGAUUUGCAACAGCGACUUUCAAGUCGGUCUGGUGGAUUUCGAUUCUCUUCCUGCGAGUCCGGACUCCAUGUGUUCAGACCAGAUCUCGGCUUGUUGUUGCAACCAUAUCGCGUUCAAUCUCGGUAUGCUAUGCCUUGCGUGUCAACAGGGUCUAGGGGAUGGAGAGGGAUUCAAUGCGAGCCCGGGUACAUAUCAGCGAUAUCUCACCGGACAGCGUACUGAUGGAACAUUUUGUUCUCCCCACACCAAUGAAACGCUGGCCGACUCCGUUCAGGCAGGAGUCUGCAAACAGGACAUGAAGAUGAUCAGUAAUCUUUAUGAAGGUGAUUGGCCUGAUGGCUCGUGGUUUUAUACAUAUUUCAGCGAAAAUGCAACGUUAGCUUUGAACAGCCAGGGCGACAAGGCUUUUCACAGCUGCCCAGCAACGUCAUCUUCAUCUUCCCAGAUCCCUUCGACAGGCUCCCCCAGCUCCACAUCCCCAUUCCCUUCGACAGGUGUCUCUAACUCUACAUCCCCACUGGCAUUCCCUUCGACAGGCUUCCCCAACUACACGUCCACAUCCACAUCCAUAUCCAACGCUCAUAUCUCAGGUGGCGCAAUCGCCGGUAUAUCUGUCUCAGUCCCUACCGUCGUUCUUUUGAUCAUAGCAACAACCGUUUACCUUGUUUGUCGUUCUCGAAGGCGAAAACGAGAUCAUGGGUUCACACCCUACAUACUACCACCUCCCUUUACCACCCCAGUCUCUCGGUGUAAGAUUGGUGGGACAGGAACACCAUCGUCCAACGAGAUGUCAGCGGAGUGGAGUAAUGAACGAGUGGAGCGGACUUGGAUGCUUGAAGGUGAAGGCAGUGAAGGUGAUCAAGCGCCCCCAACAUAUCAAAGUCAUGCAGGAUAG